AACAGUUGAAGCACUUGAGCCCCCACUUAUCAUCUUCAAAGGAUUUGUGCAAGAGAAACAUUUUCUGAAUUGGGCACUUACUUGCACUGAGAUCGGUGGUUUUCGUGCCAUUCCUGUCGAGCCACAGAAAGACACUGGCUGACUCAUGAGCUCAGUGUUGAUACUUGCAAACCCUCAAGCUGCUGCGGAUGGCUUUGCUUGGGAAGGUGGAUAUGUAAGAGGCAUUGUCCAUGACUUCAAAGUAUUAAGGUCGUUCUUUGAAGAUGUUGGCAUUCCUCUGAGUGCCAAGUCUCGUUGCGUCACCAGCAGCUUGCGCAAGAAGGAGUCUUGCGAUAUCGUAGAGAGCUUCUUCCAUGAGAAUGUGCAAACAUUUGUCCUGGUGCUUGCAUCCCAUGGAGCACCGGUUGCGGGUGAGAUUGCCAGCACUCGGGAAGGGUGGCUGCGCUUUGAGGAUGUGUUACGCCUCUGGGUGGUUCUCGGACAUGUGAAUGAUGUCAACAAGCUUCUCUUCAUUCUGCUGGACUGCUGCCACUCCGGCUUUUGGGUGAAUAAGGCCGCAAGGCUCCGCUUUCCCAAUGUGAUGGUACAAGCUGCCUGUUUAGACACAGGCACGUCUGUGGCUGACUACGAGGAAGACUGCGGGCCGGACACUAGCUUUCUCUGCAAGUGGGUGAUUGAGCAGCGAUGGCAGCCCUCACCUGUGUUGUUCGUCUUGCCGCAGCGUCCUGUAGCGAUGACAGUGGCAGGUUUGGAUGUGGAGCGAGUGGGAUGGAAGUUGAGCUUUGUGACUCGGAAGAAGGAUCCAGUUCGCAUCAUCAAAGCUCUACCAAAGAAGUGCCUUGACUUCCUUGCGAAGAGGUUGGCAAACAUGGAUGUGGAAGCACAAGUGCGCCUUCUCAUUGAUCUGACAGACGCUUCCAGUCAACAUGGAGCGGAAUGGCAAAGGUGGCGCUUCCGUCCAGUUAUGGAAGAGCUGCAGAGUGCUAGGCGCCCAUUGAUGCGGAAGGAGGAAUUGCUGGUGGACCAACGCACCUGCGGCAUUUUCCAACAGGCGAGAGAUUUGCUGGCUUGCUCGCAAUGGGAUGAUGCGAAAUCUUGCCAGGCUCGCUAUUUUGCCACACUACGAACUCAGAACAAGGACAUGUUGGUUGAGGAGGUGACACUGAGUGAUGACGAGAUGGCCUUUCAGGUGCUAUGGCAUUUUCAGCACUACUAUACUGGGGCUUUUGACCGGGCACUGCAGCAUUUGACAUCCUGCUUGGACACAAUCAAGGAGAACAAUCAACACUUUCAGUACACAUCCUCGCUGAGCGCACUUGUUUACGCAUGGAUGGCAGCUAACUGGCGGAACAAAGCUAAAGCAAGUGGCACAAAUGAAGAAGUUGAGCGCAGCCUGCGUCAGGCAUAUCGAUGCAUUUGCCAAAUGCACGAAGUUGCAGACACAGCGCACAUGAGUCCGCUCGUGGCUGCUGAAGUUUCUUUGAUUUGCGGGUGCUGGGAAGCAGAUGCUGCUUCCAUUGGCAAAGCUGCUUUUGUUGGCGACUUGCUGGGCAAGAGCGUUGAUGAUUUGCGAACGAGUCUCAAGAGGGAAGUCGAGCGGGGCAUUUCUUGCUGCUGUCAGGCCGGUUGGUACGAUGGCUACCUGAACAACACACUGACAUUGUGCCACAUUGAAAUGUUGCACGCCCAGGGCAGUAAAGAUGUUCAAAUGGUCGAGAACAUGCUUUGUGCGAUGCCGUUCGAGGUAGCAAGUAGAAGAACCCAGCACAAAAGGAAUAUGUAUCUCGCAGAGGCCCGCAUUUGCAAGCUGGAGUGUGAAGAAGCAAGCCUGUUUGACGAUCGCGCAUUUGAUGCCAUCCGAGGGCUUUUGUGUGAUUUAGCCAGUGCUUUUGAGCUUCAUAAGGAGAAGGUAAAGUGCAACGAGCUCGAGCAGCGGUUGAAAUUGGUGGUGGCCCGACGAUCGGGGGCAUGACUCAAUGGUCGCUGGCGGCCUCAACCGUUCAGGUUUGAGGACUGCACAUAGGGGGUAAGCCCCUUGUUUAGUUUGUAUGUAGUACAUACUGUAUUUCUUGUGAGGGUUAUUACUGGCUGUCUCGAUCUUUAGGCCGCU